AUGACUUUGGCAGAGGCUCCCCAGUUGAAUAUUGCAGCACUCACCGGUCCUUAUAUUCUUGGAGGCCUCCUUUCCUAUGGGUUGUUUGGGAUACUGAUUGUGCAGAUAUGGGACUCAAUAUGGUUGAAUAUCUUUGUUUACAUACUUGCGUUGUUUGAUCUGGGUGUCACAAUUAUGUGGACUGUAUUUAUGUGGCAGCUUUUUGCUGAUAAUUGGGGUCAGCUUUCAGUGCUCUCAGCAAGGGGCGGUAUAUCCAACACUGCAGCGGCAAUUCCUCUUCUAUCUGGAAUUGUUGCCAGUAUGGCCCACUGCUUUUAUGCUUGGCGUGUCUAUAAACUUACAGACUCACUGCUGCUUCCUGUUCCUAUUGUAUUGGUAUUCAUGGGGCUCAGAUUGGAGCUUCUCAUUUCUCAGAAAUGGAUGCUGAAGUAUCAGGGGAAGUACUGUCUGAGACUUCCUCAUCACUUCUGUCUUGGUGUUUAA